AUGAAGAAACCAAACAUUGUGAUAGUACUUAUCUUUGUUCUUCUUCUGAUAACUCAAACUCCCACAGAAGCAAGAACAAAUCCCCAGAAUAAACACAAAGAAGAACACCAAAAGAGAUCAAGAGGCAGUACCAGAAGUACAAGAAAAGAUCCAUCACACUGUGACCCUCUAUAUGAAUACUUCUUUGGUACUUGUGGCCAAUGGCCUUUCUCAACCGCGCCUUCUCCCGAAAAUCCAUUUCUCCCAACUCGAAGGCCACGUCCUCCUUCACCAUUGCCACCACCCCCCUUUCCGCCACCUUUGGCAACUUCUCCACCGCCUCUACUUUCAUCCCCUCCACCCUCAGCUCCACCACCUCAAGCACCACCGCCACCAGAACUCUCCCCACCGCCUCCGCCUCCAUUGGUUGCUUCCCCGCCGCCUUCACCGGAUGUACCACCUCCUUUCAUGCCAUUCUUUUUUACACCACCUCCUCCUCAGAGUCCACAACCGCCGGUUCCCUGGUGGCUAUCACCCCCAGAUAUAAAUCCACCACCAGCCUUUAUCCUUCCACCACCAGCUGAUCAGUUUCCACCGGCACCACCACUUGUUCCAAGUUUAUUGGCACCACCAGAGCAAGCCUGGCCAUUUCCAGGUGAAACCACUCCAUCACCACCGUUUUUCCCUGCAUUGUUACCUCCACCGGUGCAAGAUUUUCCUCCUGUUGAGCAUGCACAAGCGCCACCACUGAUCCCCUUGUUUUCUUCUCCACCUGAUACUCCUCAGUUACCAAUUUUCUCACCACAAUUACCGGAUACUUUUACGCCCCCCUUUGAAUCAACACCAAGUGUACCGAAUUUCUUCCAGACGCCUCCUGUAGUUCCUGAUAUUGUUGAGAAUCCUUAG